AUGAAUGACAUGAAAAAACAAAAGGAAAGUAUAAAUUUUACGAAUAUGAAUAUUGCUAAUAGUGUGAGUAAAGAAAAUAUUCAUAAUACCAACAAUUUUAAUGAAAAUGCAGAAGACAUAAAAAAUAAUAAUUACAUCAACAACAAUAAUAAUAAUUAUAAUAAUAAUAAUAAUAAUAAUUAUAAUAAUUAUAAUAAUGAUGGCCAGUUAAUAAAUAAUUUAUCACAAGUCACUUUGAAUAAUAAUUAUAAUUAUAAUAAUCAAUCUGUAUCUUCCCCUUUUGAUCAAAAAAAUAAUGAUCAAAAUUUUUAUUCUGCUGCUAGACAAAAGAGUCAAUAUAUGAACCCUCAUAUAAAUAAUAAAAACAUUACAAAUAAUGCAAAUAAUGCAAACAAUUUUAUAAACGAUAAUACUUCUACACAAUCAAAUGUACAAAACUAUAAUAUAAAUCAAACUAAUUACACAAAUAAUAAUAAUAAUAUAAAUAAUAUUAAUAGUAAUAAUAUAAAUAAUAUUAAUAAUAAUAAUAAUAUUUAUAGUAAUUGUAAUAGUUAUUAUAAUAACCAACCAACGAACACAAAUACACACUUUUAUUCAAACAAUACAAAGGAAAAUGCUCCGGUAACUAGCCAAAUGACAAGUUUUAAUAUGAACGGUCAGGUAGAAAAAAAUAAUUUGAACAAUAAAACUUAUAAUAACAUGAACGAGUCACCAAAUAAUAUGAACCAGUCAUAUAAUUACAAUAAUUUACAUAACAAUGUAAGCAAUCAAACAAAUUACCAAAAUAAUUAUUACCCCAAUAACAGUCAACCAGUUAAUGUUACACAAAACAGUAUAAAGUAUAGCCCAUUUAAAAGUAAAAGCAUAAACGAAAUUAGUGUACAACAAAAUAAUAAUUCUAUUGAAAAGAGCACAAUACAUAAUUUUGAUGUGGGAAAGGGUAUAAUGAAAAAUGGACAAGGAAAUGUGAAAAGUAAUGAUGAGGAGGAUGAAGAUAAUGAGGAGUCAGGUGAGAAGGAUAGUUCUAGUGAUGAGGACUCAAGUGAUUUUGAUAAUUCCGUAGGAGAAAAUGGAGAAGAAAUAUAUACAUUAAUUAAAAAAACGUAUAAUCGAAUAGAUAUGAAUAAGAUACCUAGACCAAUAAUUAAUUUUCAAGAUAAGAAGAGUCGACGUAAUUUGAAAGUAUAUGAUACAUGUAAAUAUAUAUCACCUCCGUCUUAUUAUCAACCUUAUAUAUCUAUAGACACAGGCAAAGCGGAUCCACGUUUUGUUAAAAGUACUUUAUAUCAGAUACCUUUAUUUUCAGAAACCUUAGAAUUAUCUAAGAUACCGUUUGGUAUUAUAGUAAAUCCGUUUGCUCGUUUAAAUGAGGGAGAGUGUGUAGAGAAGGUUGAUAUGAAAGAUGUUAUAAAUGAUAAAGAGGAGAACAUCGAAAUAUUAAGAUGUCCUAAAUGUUAUAGUUAUUUGCAUGCAACUAUUUUGGAAGAUAUAUCUAAAUCAGUUCAUUGUGUUUUUUGUGAUACCGAAUUUUUAAUAAAUGAAAAUGUAUUAUUUGAUAUAUAUCAAUAUAAUGAAAAGAUGAAUUCACGUAUGGAAGGUCCAAAUGAUUGUAUAUCAACAGGUAUAUCUCCAUUAUUGAAGGGUAGUGUGGAUAUAUUAUUACCCCCUAUAUAUUAUAAUAGUAAUAAUAAUUUUAAGUUGUCUUAUACAUAUAUAAAUAAGAAUUUGAAUCAGGCAGCUUCUAUGAUAACGAAUAAGAUUAUGUCUUUUACAAAGCAAAUAUCAAACAGUUUGGUUAUGUCAGACAUUAAGGGUGAAAGCAAUACAAAUGAUACUAAUAUUAAUAAUAAUAAUAAUAAUUAUAAUAAUAAUUAUAAUAAUAAUUAUAAUAAUAAUUAUAAUAAUUACAAUUAUAAUAAUAAUAAUUACAAUUAUAACAUCAGUGGUAGUAACAAUUAUUACAAUGAGACACAAACGAGUUUACAAAAUGAAGAGAACAAUUUAGUAAAUUAUAAUUAUAAUUCUCAAGGCAUGAACAAUUAUGGUUAUGUUCAGAAAAGUGGCGUUUCUCCAAAUAAAAUGCUAAAUCCAAAGGAUGAGAAUUCUUAUUGUAACAUUGAUGAUAUUAUUAAUAAUUUUCACUUUAAUAUGCAUGAUAUAAAAAAUAUUAUUAUAGAAAAGGAUGGAGAAACAGAAGAUUGUAAAAUGAAAAGAGGUUCCUUUUUAUUUAAAUAUCCACAAAUAAAAAAGUGUUUACCUCCAUACUUUAUUUUUGUUAUAGAAUGUUCUUAUAAUUCUAUAUAUAGUAAUAUAACACAUACGAUAUUAGAAGGUAUUCGUUAUGCUGUUCAGAAUGUAAAAUGUGAUAAGACAAAAAUUGCAAUUAUUUCAUUCAAUAGUUGUAUAUAUUUUUAUAAUUGUAAGAAAAAUAAAAAUAAUCAGGUUAUUGUAAUGAGUGAUAUAGAUAAUCCGUUCAUUCCUUUAUCAUUAGACGAUUUAUUUUUUAGUUGUAUAGAUGAGAAGGAUAAAAUAAAUAAUUUAAUAGAUAGUAUAAAAUUAUUUAGUAAUUCGUGUAUGCAAUCAUAUGCUUCUUGUGGUAAUAGUGCAUUGAAGAUAGCAGUUGAUAUAUUAAAAAGUAGAAAUGGGAAUGGUAAUGUGUGUAUGUUUUAUACGAGUACUCCUAAUUGUGGUUUAGGUUGUAUUAAAGAGUUGAAAAAAAGAGAUAUACAUGAAAAUUUUUUAGAAGUAAAAGAGAAGAUUUUUUAUGAUGCUUUAUUAUUAGAUUUAUAUUCAUAUAAUAUAAGUGUGGAUAUAUCCAUAAUAGCAUCCAAUAAUAUUCGUAUAUGUGUGCCUUCAUUACAAUAUAUAGCACAGAAUACAGGAGGCAAUAUAUUAUUUAUACAAAAUUUUUUAUGGCAGAAGGAUUAUAAGGAAAUAUAUAUGAAUAUAAAAGAUACCUUAACAUCCGAAAAUAUAGCUUAUUGUUGUGAAUUAAAGUUAAGAUAUACGCAAAACAUUACAGUAAAGAAUUUGUUCUGUUGUAAUAAUAAUUUUAAUUCUAUAAUAAGUAUGGAUACUAUUAAAAUACCUAAAAUUAGGCAUGACCAUACGUUUGCUUUUUUAUUAAAUUAUUCUGAUAUAUCUGAGACAAAGAAGCAAGUAUACAUACAAUGUGCAUGUAUUUAUACAAAUUUGUAUGGUGAUCGUUAUGUAAGGUUACAUACUACCCAUAUGAAUUUAACAACAUCUUUAAGUACGGUUUUUAGAUAUACGGAUGCGGAGGCAUUAAUGAAUAUAUUGAUUAAGCAAUUGUGUACGAAUAUAUUGCAUAAUGAUAAUUAUUCAAAGAUAAUUAUAGAUAACUUGGCAGCCAUAUUAUAUUCCUAUCGUUUAAAUUGUGCGACGUCGGCUCACUCGGGACAAUUAAUUUUACCAGACACAUUAAAAUUGUUACCUCUAUUUACCUCGUGUUUAUUAAAACAUAAUGUUGUGAAGAAGGAUGCUUUACAUGAUUUAAAGGUGUACAACUUAAUAAAAUUGUUGUCGAUGCCAAUAAUAUCUUCUCUUUUGUUUGUAUAUCCAGUGAUGUAUUUAAUUCAUAUGAAAGGUCGACAUAAUGAAAUUGAUUAUAUGGAUGUAGAUGACGAGAAUUUCCUUCCAAGAGCGAUACCGACAAGUGCUGAAAAAAUAUAUUCUAGCGGUAUAUAUUUAUUGGAUUGUUCAACCCAUUUAUAUCUUUAUUUUGGUUAUCACUGUGAUCAAGAUUUUACCGCAGACAUUAUUGGCGAUAUGCCAACUGAGCAAAAUUGUUACCAGUUAAUAAUAUUAGAUAAUAGUACAAAUGCAAAAAAAUUACAACGUAUAAUUGCUAAUAUUACAAGAAUUCAUCAUUUUAAUAAUUACGUGCCCUUAGUUGUGGUCCCACCAAAAUCGUCAUUGGAAGAACACUUUAUUUCAUUAUGUGUUGAGGAUAAAGUUGAGAAGGAAUAUAGUUAUGUAAACUUUUUAUGUUUUAUUCAUAAGCUGGUUCAUAAAAAAAUCGAAGAAUCAUAG